UGACCCGGAGAGCUUUCUGCUGCUCACCAGAGCUUUCUGCUGCUUACAGGCUCAUUCGGGCAAUCAGUGUGUCAGAAGCUCCCAUCAGGAGAAGAUUGUUCCAAUGUGUUUGGUGUAUCUUUGUAGAAUAUUUAGUUUGUCUGUGUGGUAAAAAAAAGAAGAAAAAGGAGAGAUAAAAAGCGAUUAUUUAGGGGCACGAAAAGCAAAAAUUUCUCUGUAAAUAUCAUCCAAUUGUUAAUUGGUGUGUAAUGCAAAAAAAUAAUCUGGAGAUAGGACGAAAAGAAAGUUAUAUAUUGUGAAAUUACAAGUUCACUUCAAGGAGAAGGAUAAUAUAUAUACAUACAUAGAAACGUGAAGGAAGGAUAGAGCUGGGAAAAAAGUAUAUAUAUAUAGAUGAGCAAAGGAAAUCAAAUUGGAAAAUAAUGUGAUUUUGCCCUAAAAGAAAGAAGGAAUUUCUUAUAUGGUGAAGUGAAAAAUAAAAAAUUAACUUGUGUUGUGUUAUUUAAAUAGAGAAGAAACUUAAACUAAAAUAAAAACUAUGAUGGCACAUAGAGACUAACAGAGAACACUAAAAAAGGAAAAAAAAAGAAAGAAAACUAACGAGAGUACAGUGAAAGCUAAAACCUGUGAUUAAUUACCAAGGAAAAUAGUACGACAAAUUGAAUUGAGUGGAAAGUGUUGUUAUUUAGGGAUGUUUGAAUGGCAUCAGGUUUAAAAGUUUAAUUGGGCAGCAAUUAUCCUUGGGGGGAGAAUUUGCCCUUUUAUUUCAAAUGUAAGAAGAGCAAAAUCGGCCACUCCACUCCCUUCUCUUCUUCAUUGUGUGAAUAGAAGUGGAUAAAGAAAAAAAAACGAUUAAAUAUAAUAAAAAGUCGUACUAAUAGUGAUAGUUUGAGGUCUUUCAACAUCGCACAACAUGGGAAAGAAAAAUUCUAAACUAAAGCAGGAUACAAUUGAUCGAUUAACAACAGCUACGUACUUCACUGAAAAAGAAAUUAGACAGUGGCAUAAAGGAUUUCUCAAAGACUGUCCCAAUGGAUUGCUAACAGAGCAGGGUUUCAUCAAGAUUUACAAGCAAUUUUUUCCACAAGGAGAUCCCAGUAAAUUUGCAUCUCUUGUCUUUCGAGUAUUUGAUGAAAAUAAUGAUGGUUCAAUUGAAUUUGAGGAAUUUAUUCGAGCACUCUCAAUUACGUCCAGAGGAAAUCUCGACGAGAAGCUUCAUUGGGCUUUUCGCUUGUACGACGUUGAUAAUGAUGGCUACAUUACACGUGACGAAAUGUACAACAUUGUGGAUGCAAUUUACCAGAUGGUGGGGCAGCAACCACAAACAGAAGAUGAAAAUACACCACAGAAACGUGUUGAUAAGAUUUUUGAUCAAAUGGACAAAAAUCACGAUGAUCGACUUACAUUGGAAGAGUUCAGGGAAGGUAGCAAAGCAGAUCCAAGAAUCGUACAAGCACUUAGUUUAGGUGGUGACUAAUCAUGUGGAAGUUAGUGUGGGUUUGUAGUGUUAAUAAUAAACCAACAUAAAACGCAUAAUAUUAAAAUAUUCAUUGGGUAAACAUUCUAUUUGAUCAAGAAUCAAGAGCAUGGAACGUCUCUCAAAUUACUAAUCAUACCCCUAAAACAUAAUAUAAAAUUUCUAAGAAGUGACUAAAGAUUUUUCUCUCCUUAACUCAAACAAAACAUAAGCUUUUGUGUAAAAAGAAAAAAGAAAUAAAAAAAAUUCAUCUCGACAUUAUAGUUGAUAAAGAAGAAUGAAUUUUUGCUCUUGAAUUUCACAUCUUCCAGAAUUUGGAAUCUAAAAAACUAAUUUAGUUAUGUUUGAAAAUUAUUUUUUGUUAAUGUUUGAAAACCAAUAAUCGAUAUAUUGUUGGUAAAUAUAACGCACACUAUACUAACUUAAAAGUGUAUGAUUCUACUAAGCACUAGCUUACAAAGCCAACACUAUUCUUCAGUUUAUUUUAAUAAACUUCUUUAUCAAAUUAAUAAAAAAAA